AUGUCUUCACGCUACGACUCCCGCACAACCACCUUCUCUCCAGAAGGCCGCUUAUAUCAAGUGGAGUACGCAGAGGAGGCCAUCUCGCAGGCAGGCACCGUUAUUGGUAUUCUCACCACAGGCGGUAUUGUGCUUGGGGCAGAGAAGGGCCAGCAGAAUGGUCUCUUCGACACGGAGAAUAUGGAAGAUAAAAACAUCAGCGGUGAGAAGGUGUAUAAAAUCGCCAAUCAUCUCGGCUGCAGCGUCGCCGGAGUGACAUCAGACGCCUACGCACUUCUCCAACACGCACGCCUCAGUGCCAAUCGUCACUUCUACACUUAUCAAGAGCCAAUGGCCGCAGAAGAUCUCUGUCGGCUUGUCUGCGAUGAAAAGCAAUUAUACACCCAAUACGGUGGUGUACGUCCAUUUGGUGUAUCUUUCUUACUUGCAGGGUGGGAUCGUCAUCAUGGAUAUCAACUCUAUCACACAGACACCAGUGGAAACUAUAAUGCCUGGCGUGCCUACGCAAUUGGUCAAAAUGAUCAAGUUGCCCAAACGUUACUAAAGCGUGAUUGGAAACCGGAGCUUACAUUGGAUGAAGGCAUCGUGUUGUGUCUCCGUGUUCUUGGAAAGACCAUGGAUACCGUUAAACUAUUGCCCGAACGACUGGAAGUGGCUGUACUGCAGAGAGUGCCAGCACCGGCCACCCAAAAAUUACUGGACCCCUACGGUUCAUUACCAAAGAAAGUGCCGGAGUUUAAGAUCUUGACAAAUGAGGAUUUGAAACCAUUCAUUGCAGAGGCAGAUCGUCAACGUGCGGCGGAAGAGGCGGCAGAGGCAGAGAAGGAAAAACAGAACGAGCAGCGAUUGGCAUCAUCGUGA